AAUGCUAGUAUGCCGAAUCAAUCGGAUUGGCUAGGUAUGCGGCAUGUAUGCGGCAAAGUGUUGUUCUUGUGUGUUUAUCAAAUUAUUCAAUGUCGUGCUUGAAUAACAGCUGCAGCAUCCUUAUGCCGCAGUUAGUUUUGUGUGUUAGCUCCUCGUGGCGGUGAUAUGUGUUAGUAAAUUGAAAAUAUUGCAUUUAUUAAUGUUCAUUGUUUUACAAUCGGAUGAGUUACAAAUUCGCAAGCAAAAUAUUUACGUAAAUAGGUGAUGAAUGAAAGAGGAUUAAAAUUGUGUAUUACUGUGAUAAAACUGUUGUUACGAUUUAAAAAAAAAUUUAGGUAGAAAAACAAAAUGACUGUAACAUAUACUGGUGAAGUUGCAACUUGUCGUGGAUUUGGGACCUUUUUGAAACUUUUAUAUAGAUGGAGAGGAAGCAUUUACAAGUUGGUGUGGCUGGAUCUCCUAUGUUUUCUACUUUUUUACUACAUUUUAAAUUUGACUUAUCGCUUGCUGCUCGAUGAGCAUUCAAAAAGGCUAUUCGAAGGCGUGGUGAACUACUGCAGCUACCACGGCAAUGUGAUCCCGUUGUCGUUCGUGCUGGGUUUCUACGUCACGGUGGUCAUGAACCGCUGGUGGAGCCAGUACACCUCCAUACCGUGGCCUGAUUCCAUCGCCGUGUUCGUCUCCGCCACCGUCCAUGGACAGGACGAGCGCGGGCGGCUGAUGCGCCGCACGAUCGUGCGCUACGUGUGCCUCUGCCUCACCAUGGUGCUGAGCAUGAUCUCGCCCCGCGUCAAGAAACGAUUCCCCACGCUCGACAACUUCGUCGAGGCCGGCCUGCUCCUAGACAAUGAGAAGAUCAUCAUGGAAAACAUUAACGAGAAAUUUCCUAAGCCUUCAAAACAUUGGAUGCCCAUAGUGUGGGCCGCCAGCAUAGUGACGAGAGCCCGGAAAGAAGGCCGAGUACGGGAUGACUUUGCCGUCAAAACUAUUUUAGACGAACUCAACAAGUUCAGAGGACAGGCUGGAUUAUUGCUCAGCUACGACACUAUUAGUGUACCUCUUGUAUAUACUCAGGUAGUUACCAUUGCCGUAUACUCAUACUUUAUUACAUCUGCCUUGGGCAGUCAGUGGGUCGACAACAAAAUACACGUAUCUGGCGACGAGCGCAUUGUUAAUAUAGACCUUUAUUUUCCUAUAUUCAGUACGCUAGAGUUCUUCUUUUAUAUGGGCUGGCUAAAAGUGGCCGAGUCUCUGAUAAACCCCUUCGGUGAAGAUGACGAUGACUUCGAAGUGAACUGGUUGAUAGACAGAGAUUUGCAGGUUUCAUACAUGAUUGUGGACGAAAUGCACCACGAGCACCCGGAGCUGAUCAAGGACCAGUAUUGGGACGAGGUGUUCCCGUCCGAGCUGCCGUACACGCUGGCCACGGAGAACGUUCGCGAGGAGCAUCCCGAGCCAUCCACGGCGCGCGUGGCCGUGCCGCCGCGCCAGCGCAGCAUGGUCACCAUCGCGCCCUCCGCCGUCAAGAUGGACGAGAUGGUCCCCUCGCACACCGUGAGUUACAAGUUCGCCCCGCCCGAGCAACUUCAAAUGAACGACGAUGCCCACUCGGGUAUCCACUUCAUGGUCGGGUCCCGGGGUAGCAAGCGCGGGAAGAAGGAGGACAGGAACUCGAUGGGGCUGGGCUCCAGCAAUUCCAUGGCGUCGCUGCAGCAGACCCCCAUCACGCGGACCAACUCGGUCACCUCCAUGCUGAAGCGACUUUUCUCGAAGGAGGAGCAGCGACAGACGCCCGUACCGAACCAAGUGCAGAUCGACGGAGUGGGACGGUUCACGAUAUCAGCCAGCAACCCCACGCUGAACAAGCCGGCGCCGGGCGGCGGCAGCACGAAGAUCGCCAACGAGGUCAUCGAGGAGGUGGACGAGCAGGCCACCAUCACCAGCAUGGCUAAACGACCAGAGAACAGACCGACUGCGCAGAGCCUGUUCGCACAGGGGCCGCCGCCCCCCAGCGAGCCGGUUGAUGUCCCCUCCAGGAACUCCUACGUUAAAAUCAACAGGCAGCUAUCGUCGUCGGCGCCGACGCAGUGGGCGGCGCCGGCGUCGGCGAGCCCGGCCGCCACGCUGUCCACGCAGCCAUCUUUCGUCAGCGAGCCCGAGCCGCGCGCGCGCCUCGACAGCGACGUCGGGCCCUCGCUCAGCGCCGCCGGCAGCCAGACCUUGCUGGACGAGACGGACGGGGACGGGGACGGGGACGGGGAGGACGGCGACGACAGCGACUCGUUCGACCGGCUGCGCGCGGCGCGCUCGGCGGCGCGGCGCGACAAGCACCUGCAGAAGAUGCUCGCGCGCUCCGUCAGCGCGCAGCAGCCAGUUGGUAGUAUAGAAAUACUAGACAACGAAAUAUUACUCGUCGAACUAUUGGCAGCACAAGCGGCUCUAAACAGCCAGCAAGAAAUCAAAGACUCCAAAGAGGAAACUACCUGACAAAGCAAAAGUUCUAUUUUCCAGUGGGAUUGAUUUUUAUCUCCGCACAAUGUCAGUAUUAUUAUUGUGAUACUUUUAAUUACGGACCAUUUUGUAUUAUUUGGAAUCAUGUCAAUCAGAUUGAUGUAAAUAUUGUAUUAAGAGAAACUUAUUUUAUAACGUGAAUAAAUACCUAGUUUUAAAUGUAUAACACGCUUGUUAAGGUGCUUUGCUACCAGACAAAAUAGGCGCACCACACACGAGCUCUAUUUCUUAUUUUUGCAUACAAAAAAAACAACAGGUGCCAUAGACAUAUCUGAAUUUGUUUCGUGACCAUAGUGAUUCUGGUCAGUACUUACUUUACUCUUUGAUUCUGGUGCUGAAUUUGUAAAAUUUUAACCCGUGUGUAGUGCGCCUUAGGCGAGGUUACCUAUAUUACCUAUGUUAGUGUCCUGUCAAGUCAAAACAGCUACUUUUAGGGUUCCGUACCCAAAGGGUAAAAACAGGACCCUAUUACUAAGACUCCGCUGUCUGUCUGUCUGCCACCAGGCUGUAUCUCAGGAACCGUAAUAGCUAGACAGUUGAAGUUUUCACAGAUGAUGUAUUUAUGUUGCCGCUAUAACAACAAAUACUAAAAACAGAAUGAAUAAUAUUUAAGUGGGGUUCCCAUACAACAAACAUGAUUUAUUUUGCGUAAUGGUACGGAACCCUUCGUGCGCGAGUCCGACUUGCACUUGGCUGGUUUUUAUAAAACGCCAAACCGAUCUGUUACAAAUGAGAAACGAAGUUGGUGACGUUACAAUGAAUCCAUCUUCUAAUGAGUUCUUAAAAUCACAUUUUUUGUUGCCACUUUAUAUACCUAUACUAUACUAAAUAAGACGUAAAUUAUAUUUUGACUGAAAUUUUUAUAAAUCAAUCUGAAAUAGGGUAUUACAACUGUAUUUAAAAUAAAUUAUUUUACACCAUGCAUGAAAUAAAACACCAGAUAAUUAAUAGAAAAACAUAGAAAGCAGUUAUUUAAACAAAAUUUAUAUUUAAUAAUGUAAUCAAUGGGACUGAAGUAUAAAGGCUGGCGUCCACUAGACUCGCCGAGGCGAAUCGCAAUAAUUCGCGGUCUAUACAUUUACUAUUAAUGGUAAAUUCGAUUCGACGAGCCGCGGCUCUUCGUUAAUAGACGUAGUUUCAUAGUAAAUGUAUAGAAGGCGUAUUAUUGCGAUUCGAUUCGGCGGGCCUAGUGGACGCCAGCCUUAAAAAGUAGGUGUUGGCCGUGACGUCAUUGUGUGAUGUUUCAUAUGAAUUCAAGGGCCUGACACUCUUUGAUAGAGAAAGAUAGUCUUAUUGCGAUUCCUAUAAGAGGAAUGAGAAAAUAGUGCCAUGCUUUGUCAUUAUCACCGACCGGGUUUUUUAUGGUCGGGUUAUGGCAGCAUAGGUAGGAGGCGAUGGCGAAAUACCGAAAUUGUGAAAAGUGAAAGAGAAAAAGGAUUAUGCUGCUAUACAUUAACCUGUCAAUACAUGAAUAUGUCUUUCAUGUCUAACUACUAUACUAUGUCUAUGUAUAAAUUCCAUAUUAUUAAUCGUUUUGACAGUUCUAAAAAAGAAAAUGAUUUGACUAGUAGGUGAAUACCCUAUUAAAUAAAGAAAAUGGCAGAA